ACAGUCAAGUGAAGCAGAUAUCAAGUUCAUAAAGUUAGCCGUGUGCGUCUUCUCCGGUCGUCAGAAAUUCUUUUAACUACUGUAAACCGACGGGCAAUUUAAAUAGGCCUAUUUGUGCGAAGUUGAUAUCAAGUUGUCAAUCACCAAAGAUAUACCUGUCAAUCAUACGGUGUAUUACAUUCUCAACGAAAACAAGUUGCAACAUUGAUUUUAGCAUUACUUGCCUCAAACCGACUGGUGCCAUUAAACUCCAGGUGCACAAUGGAACUCGAUGAUUACAACGAAAAGACAAAGCUCGUUUCGAAAUUCGACCAAGCUUCAAACGAAAUUACAUGUGACGCAAAGAAAAUGAAAUCACUCCCUUCGAUUCAAGAUGCGACUGUACAUUUUUCACAAACAAAUGGAACAUUUUUUGUCAAUUUUGAUGGAAUAAAUAGUGGAAGAUUUGGAGAUUUUGGAGAGGGGUCUGCAUUUCAAGCUGCCUGUAAUAUAUGUAACUGCAUAUUUGGCGUCGGAAUAUUGAGUAUUCCAUAUGCCUUCAAGGAGGGCGGGCUUGUAGCGGCGAUCGUUAUUUUUUGUCUAGCAUGUAUAGUUCUAGUCCACACAAGUAAGUUAAUUGCACGUUGUUUGUAUGACGAGGUUGAGACAUGUGAUGGACAAAUAAAGCAAGUGAGGACAAGAUCCAGUUAUGCUGAUAUAGCACAAGCCUGCUGGGGUGAGCACGGCCGACGAUUUAUAGUCGUCAUCCAGAUCAUAUACUGCAUGGCAGUAGCAACGCUCUAUCUCGAGUUGGCAGGAGCGAUGCUGGUGGAGACAUUUCCUAGGUCGGGACUUUCCAAACUUUGGUGGACUGUAAUCACAACAGUGCUAGUCUUGCCCAGCAUAUUCUUAAGAACUUUAAUUAAAAUUUCAAUUAGUAGCUUCAUCGCCCUUCUUGCGAUCUCCAGCAUGUUUAUAAGCGUCAUCGUAUAUUCAGCAAUUGAAAUCAACUCCAGUACCUGGCAAUUUGAAUACACACCGAAUGUUGGUAUCAGAGCAUUCACCGUUAGCUGCGGGGUAUUACUCUUCAACUUCGAGGCCAGUUUUGCAGUAGCUGGUGUCGAAGAAACUAUGAAGGAUCGAUCCAAGUUCGAUAUGAUGAUAAACUUUUCGUAUGCUUUCUGUACGGUCCUUCUACUAGCUUAUUCAAUUACGCCGUACAUUGCCUUUGGAAAUGAUGUAAAAGAAUUCAUCGUUUAUAAUAUGCCAGCGGGGCCAGUCUUCAUAGCUAUCAGCCUGCUUCUAGUUCUUAAAGCGAUAUUCACGUACCCUUUAUUUCUGUUUUUCAUAAUUGAUAACUUCGAUUUACUAAAAAUUCAUUCACUACCCCCUUGCUACGGGCCUACACCGAAGGACCCACCUCCAAUUUGGGCCACAAUAUUCCGAGCUGUAAUUGUAUUGAGUUGUCUAUUUUUCGCUGUAAUCGUUCCACAUUUCGCUAAAUUCAUGGGCUUUAUAGGCAGUUUGGUUAGUCCGUGGAUGAGUUUCAUUUGCCCGUGUAUAUUCUAUAUCAAACUUAAAUUUCAAUAUCUAUCAACACUUCAAAUAUUUACAUGCGUUACAAUUGCUGUUAUUGCGUUUCUUUUUGGAAUAUUUAUGGCGAUUGCAUCAACAACAGAACUUUUACUGACUUUUGCAACUUCAUUUCCUUAAAUUACCAUUUGUUUUGUAAAUAUACGAAUCAUCAAAUUAUUUUAUGCCAGCAAUUGCAAACGUUAUAAAACCCCGGAGGACACAUUCGGGCCCAAAAAAAGUGUUCGCUUAAGGGGUGUCCUAAAUCAAAAACGUGAAAUUUCCCUUUAAUAGGGGUUUUGCCACGUAGUGAUAAAAUGAAACAUAGAUUCUUUAGAAUUUUAUUUCAGUGGAAUUAAGAAUGAGCUACAAUAUAAAAUAAAAUAAAUUAAACUAAAGUGCAACAAUAAUUUGCAAUUCAAAUACAAUAUAUUUUAGAUGAAAUCAAAAUAAAUAUAAUUAAAACAAAAAAAGUUGUACAUUGUUGCCGAUUCCAGUGCUAUGACAAACACAGCAGAAUGAAUAGCGUAAUGACUUAGAAAUCAGGGUGAUGGUUAUGCUCUGGAUUUGAAUCAAAAUAUGAAUGUAAACAAAUAAAUGCCAUGAUUAAGAGUCAAAUCUCAUAUGAAGGUACGAUGAAAAAUAAUAAAUCCCAUGAUUUCAUAAAAUACGAAGUAACACACACAGUGGCCCUAUAUCGAUAUUAAUUUUAAGGGUCAAUGAAAAACGUUCAUUUUAUCGUUCAAAAAUUAUCAAAAUAUGAAUUUGAAUGAAAUUCCUAUUUUUAUUUUGAAUCUAUUGUAGAUGCAGUGAUACAAUAACAAACAAUAGUGAUACGAGCAAAAAAGUGUCCCAAUAAUAGGGGUUU